AGAGCCGGCCCACGGCAUAGGCGGCCUAGACCGUUGCCUAGGGCGCCAUCUGGUGAGGGGGCGCCAAAUGGCAGUCUCCCUCUCAGUCUUUCUUUCCUUUUUUUUUAAAUUUUUUUUUAUUCACUUUCUUAAUGCACCAUUAUGUUUACUCUCAGUCUCUCAACCUAUAAAUAACUACAAAUUUUGUGAAACUUAAAAUAAAACUCGUUUUCACUAAUCAUGACUCACAACUCUCGCGAGUUGUGAGUCACGCAUGCAUCCUUUUCCAUCUGAUCUGCGGCGCCGCCGCCGGGGCGGCGCCCCGCGCUACUACAGCAUGCUGUUGAGUUUACAAGGUGAGUGAGUGGGGGAUGGGCAGCGCAUCCCAUCAGUUUAUUGAUGAGAUGGUCGUCGUCGUAGCGCUGUCAUUUUUGUAAACAUAAAACUUUUAUCAUGAAAAGGCUGUCCAAGCCUUCGGGUGCUGCUUUCAGAAAGCGAAGAAGAGAAGAGGAGGAGAAACGGGCUCAAAGUCGAGAUGCUCUGAGAAAAUAUCUACAGCCACGACAGGGGCCAACUGUAGAAGCUGCUGCAGAAGAGGCAGCAAGCUCGGUCUCACAGUUACCUUCUCCUGUGGCUGUUAGUGACAGUGACAGUGAACAUUCAUCUCAAGCAUUAAGCAGAAGCACAGCAGUGAUUGAGACACAACUUCAAAAUGUUGAUGCUGGAGCAGUCAGUGAAGCACCAAGCAGCAGCACUGUAAUUCUUCAGACACCACCUCAAACGGUUGAACCAGAAGGACCCAGCACCAGCAGUCUCAAUACAAUCCGCCAGCCUACAGGCGCUCCAUCAACAUCAACAGAUGUAUGUGAGCCCAUCUCAGCAGCCCCCAUUGAUCCCGCUGAUUGGCCACCCAACUUGUCUGAUUCAGAGAGGACUGAAUUGGUUAGUCGAGGACCACCUGUAAUAAGGUCAGACUUCUCGUUCCCCAAAAAACAGGAUGGAAGAAGUUGCCAUCACCGCCAUUUCUUCAGACUGUUGACCAAUGGGGAAAAAAUCAAAAGGUCAUGGCUCAUGUAUUCAAAAAAGAAAGAUAGUUUGUACUGUUUCUGCUGCAAGCUCUUCUCACAGAAGACUUUUAAACUUAGCAAGGAUGGCACUGAUGACUGGAAAAACUGUGGUGACAUACUUAAAACACAUGAAAACAGUAAAGAACACACAAAUAACAUGGGAAGCUGGAGAGAACUUGAAAGUCGUUCAAAAAAGGGUCAAACAAUUGACAAUAUUGAGAUGGCCAUAAUACAUGCUGAAAGGAGGAGAUGGCGGGAAGUUCUCACCAGACUUGUGGCAAUUAUUAAGUCACUGGCAGAGAGAAAUAUUGCACUCAGGGGUUCCACAGACCAACUUAAUCAGCCAAACAAUGGAAAUUUCCUUAAGGAAGUGGAGUUAAUGGCUCAGUUUGAUCCUGUGCUGAAAGAGCACAUUAUUAAGAUUGAAGGAGGAGCCAGUCACACAACCUACCUGGGGAAGACCAUUCAAAAUGAACUGAUUGACUGCCUUAGUGAAAGGAUUUUGCAUGCCAUUGUAAAGGAAAUCAAUGAGUCCAAAUAUUACGCAAUCAUUUUAGACUGCACACCUGAUGUGAGCCAUGUGGAGCAAUUAUCAGUUAUAAUUCGCAUUGUCUCUGUUGAAGGCACUCCACAGAUUAAAGAACAUUUUCUGGGGUUUCUAGAGGCAGAGGAAACAACAGGAGAAGGCCUCUCAGCCCUCAUUCUUAAGAAAUUACUACAACUUAAUAUCCCAUUUGAUGACUGCAGAGGGCAAUCAUAUGACAAUGGAGCAAACAUGAAGGGCAAAAAUAAGGGAGUCCAAGCUAGACUGCUCCAGGUCAACCCGAGGGCUUUAUUUGUGCCAUGUGGAGCACACACUGUGAACUUGGUUGUCUCUGAUGCAGCAAAAAGCUCUGCUGAAGCCACAUGUUACUUUGGCUACCUGCAGAAACUCUUUAAUCUGUUUUCUGCUUCCACUCAGAGGUGGGCAACUUUAAAAGAGCAUGUGGACAUAACAGUGAAGUCCUGGGCAGACACAAGGUGGGAGAGCAGAAUCAACAGUGUGGCGGCUGUUAGAUUCCAGGCUGGAAAAGUCAGAGAUGCGCUUUUAGAAGUCCGUAACGCUGCUUCAGAUCCAACUAUAAAGAUUGAAUCACAGUCUUUGGCAGAAGAAAUUGGGUCAUACCGGUUUUGUAUUUGCACUGUGGUAUGGUUUGAAAUUCUCUCCAAAAUACAGAUAGUGAACAAACAUCUUCAGUCUCAGACCAUGCAGUUGGAUGUAGCUGUUGACCUUCUUGAGAAAGCUGAAGCGUCCCUUGCCAGCUACAGAAACACUGGCUUUGAUGAAGCCCUAAAAUCUGCCAAAGAGAUGUGCGAGAACAUGAAUGUAGUUGCUGCCCUCAAAGAGAAAAGACUCAGAACUACAAAACAACAGUUCUCUUACGAAGCCCCAGAUGAACCUCAGACAGAUGCCUUGAAGAAAAUGGAGGUUUCAUUCUUCAACACCAUUGUGGAUGUGGCCAUUUCAUCCUUGAGGGAAAGAACUGGAAUGAUGAGUGAUGUAGCUGAUAAAUUCAGAGUCCUCAUCAACUUUCCCAAACUGAACGCAGAAGACCUUGAGAAACAAGCAAAAGAUCUGUGUCAAACCCUUUCCUUUGGAGAGAAAAGUGACCUGAACAUUGAAGAAUUAAUCAUGGAACUGCAGUCUUUCCCAAAAUGGCCAAAGCAAAACAUGACAGCCUUUGAACUUCUUGUUUUUCUGGAGGAGAAAGGCCUGAAAGAGGUUUUUCCAAACAUGUGGGUGGCACUGAGAAUUGCUGUCACUACCCCUGUGACAGUUGCAUCAGCAGAAAGAAGCUUCUCCAAACUGAAGCUCAUCAAAAAUUACCUGAGGUCCACCAUGUCACAGGAGCGACUUAAUGGGCUGGCAGUGAUGAGUAUUAAUAGAGAAAUAUCCAGACAGAUUUCGUAUGAUGCAACCAUAGAUGCCUUUGCUGCACGCAAGUCAAGACGUGUGAAGUUUUAGACAAAAACACUUGACAAACAGAAGAGUUUUGUUAGUUCAUUUUUGCUAUUUAUUUUUUACAUUAUUUAUUUUAAUUAUUACAUUGUAAAUAAUUAUUAUGGUGAGAAUAGAAAAAAACAGCUGUUUUCCACAGAUUUUUGAAUUUGCACUAAGGCCUGUUCCCAGACAGAACGUUUAAUGUUUGGAAGUUUGUUUGCUUUUUUGUUUUGUUUUUGUACAUUUUGAGAUAUGUUUACUUCGUAGUUCAAGAAUUUGCAUUAGCACUUCCAGUUGUUUUCUUUUUCACAAUUGGAACAGAGUCAAGUGUUGUGGCAUUACCUAAUGUGUAUUACAACUGUGAGUGUAAAGUUUAAAGUAAUUUUGAUAUUGCACUGUUUUGCAUUAUUUGUGGAUUUGCACUGUUGCACUUCUUUUAUCCCAGAAAACUUGAAAGUUUUGUGUAUUAUAAUUUUAUAAAGCAAUGUUCUUAUUAUUCAAGAAGUAUCAUGUUUUUUUUUUAAACAUUUAAAACUCAACAGUAAGUAUAUUGUUUUUACCCCUACCUCGAUUUUGAUUCCUUGAAGACUCAUUUUGUCGGAAAUAUGAGGCUUUUUCGUAACUUCCUAAAACCUCCUUGGUUUAAAAGAUUGGUAACUGUACUUACCCUCUGUCGCCACACGAUGGCAGCCAAGGACAGGCAAUUUCCAGAGAUAAGCUCACAAACAAACAGGCGACCUUUCACCCAGUAACGAGGCAUAAGCUGCUGCGGCAAUUAAGAGAAAAAAAAACACGGAGGAAGGCAAUCUUUUAGGAGAACAGUGAACAGGGAGAAGAGGCUCUGCUGUUUGUGACGUAGAAGCAACAGACAGCUCGUUUUUCUCAGGUCUGGGAGGGGCUGCUAGUUGAGCAGCAGAAACAGGAAAAGCACAAACAAACGGGGACAAAAAAAAAACACUUUGGGGGUGUUUUUGAAGAGGAAAUAACAGUAUGACAUGGUUAAAACCUACAAAAAGUGGAUUUUGCAUGAUAUAGCUCCUAUUGUUAUGAUUAUGUUAACAAAUUAAAGCAGGUCUUUAGUGUAGACACCUCUGCUGAAUCUCUGCGCAGAGAUUUAUGGGAAAGUGUAUUGGAUUCGAAGGGGGGGGGGGGCGCCGUAUUACUAUUUUGCCUAGGGUGCCUGUGAACCUAGGGCCG